AUGCGUGUCGAGUGGGCAAAAGCACGUGCACGGAAGGAACGCUGGAACGAGGAGGUUGAAUUGUUGCGAGAGGAGAUGAAGCGGGUCAUGCGAUCAUUGAAGUGGGAGGCUUCAGAAUGGCAAAAACGAGCCGACGAAGUUCGUUCAGACGUUGAUGGAACGACGGCGGCUGGAAUCCGAGCUUAUGCGCUGCGUAACGUGUACCUGCAUACUGAAUUUAUAGUGCGCUUUCGAGAGGAGUGGGACAAAACAAUGGGAGCUGCUGUCCGUCAUUGGGCAGCAGAGGAGGAGCGGGAAAUAUUAGAGGGAACAUUUAUGGCAGAGGGAAUGUAG